AUGAUUGUAAAGUGCGACGGGAACUAUCCCACUUGCUCUCACUGCGAGAGAGCCAAGGUUCAGUGCGUUGGUUUGGAUCGAGGCUCGGAGAUCGAGGUUCCUCGCAGUCUCGUUUACUACCUAGAAGAACUUGUUGCACAGCUGGAGCUUGAGCGAGGGCGUCUGGCGAGCAAUCGACCAGGGUCUGAGGGCACAACAUCGCAAUGUAAUGAUAUUCAACCGGACCCAUCGCUCUUCUCGAUUGAAACAACAUCAGCAGAUAAUUUCAAGACUGCUUGUAAACUCGCAGCUAUCACAGCCAAGGAGAGCGCACCCGCGUGCUCUAUAGGGAACAGACCGCGGCAUGUCUUGCCGUACCACAAAGCCUUCUUCAUGAGCGCCGAACUCCCUUUCCCCCUUGCCUUUGGGAGUCACCGGACAAUCGAUGUACCCAACCCAUCCAAUGGAUCAAGCUUCACUCAACUCCCAGACGAAGUUGCAGACAAACUCAUGGCUGUCUACCUCAAUCGCAUAUCGCCUCAGUAUCCAAUCUUUUCGAGAGAAGACGUGAACGACAUAUUCCAGCGCUUUAAACUGUCUGCAGAUAAUCCUCAGAUGGUAACAUCGGACGAGCGUUUCAUCAUAUGGAUUAUUAUGGCUAUAGCUGUCCUCUCGUCUACUGCUGACGACUAUCGAAAACUGGCCUCAGUUGCCGAGUCGCUGCGUCGGAAUGCCUUUAGCCAUUUUGACUUCGGGGUUCGGUCUAAUCAUGUGACAACUACUACGAUCCGGCAGCUACUGCUCUUGUUGCAGUACGGAUUUCUGCUUCCAUCCUCUACCAACCUGUGGCAAAUAGCUGGCGAUGCAAUGCGAAUCGCGGUAGGGCUGGGCUUACACCAAGAUACUCCUCCCGAGUGUGGCUUUGACGAGGAGACGGCUCAGUCGCGCAAGAAGUUGUUUUGGACACUUUACGCUUUUGAGAGAUCAAUCGCCAUCACGUCCCACCGUCCGUACGCUAUUGCCGGCGACCAGAUUCACACGUCUUUUCUCGUCUCCCAAGACGUUCCGGAUACAACAGACGAUACAAGUGGGAAGACACCGUAUAUAAGAUUCUUUGAUCGCCUGGAAUUUCUUCGCAUACAGUCGGAGAUAUGCUCAGUGAAUAUUGGAAUGCGGCCUCUGCCAAACUUGCAUCUGACCCACGAAGCUUGGAUUGCUGGCACUGAGAGAAGGAUUUCUGAUGCCAUGGCUCAUGCGGUCGAUCCUGACUGGCGCAUGUUCAUGUGCAGACACGCUACCCUGCUCCUUCAUAUGCCUUGUGCGCGUAAUCCCACACCAUGCGGCCGCUCCAUCCUGAAAUAUUUUGAUGCGGCCGUUUGUACGGCCAGAGCCUACUGGGAUUUGAUCGAGUCGAACAACUUGGACUGUCCCUGGCAUGCAACUCACCAUUGCUAUGAGGCAGGGAACCUAAUCCUCUAUAGUCUGUGGCAUUUUCGCGACCUCAUUAAAGGGCACUUUACGACCAAUCAAGUCUUUGAAGUUGUUCACCAAAUAUCUGGAUUCUUCAUACUUGUUGCCACAAGAUGGGCGGCAGCUCAGCACUGCGGUUUACUUUUCGACCGACUACGAACAGGGGCUCUGAGCUUUUUCAGGGACGAAAGCACUUCUGACCCUGAGCAAAGCUUCGAAGCCCGGCAAUUGAGGGAGCUUGUCUUUAGGGAAAAUGCUGACCUUCUUUACGCCCGCGAACAGCCUUCACCGUCAGCAAUAGGUCCGUCGACAUUUCCGACCGUCUUCCCCGAAUUCGAAAUUGACCAGCUGUUUGUCGAAAAUAAUACUGACUUUCUAAACUUUCUGCAUCUUUCGGAUGAUGUUCCCGUGUUUGAUGAGUCUUGUCCAGAGGACUUGGAAAUGGACGUGGAGCACUUCGACCUUCCGCUGGCUCCCCAGAGUCCUAGCUUAGACGAAUCCAACGAGCCAAAGAAAUUGAUGUUUGAUGAAGCUCAGUUUCGGGCACUUUUGCAAAAGAUUCCGGUUUGCUCACAUUGCAAGAGACGACGCAUAAAAUGCGAUAUGAAGCUUCCUUCCUGUGCCAAUUGCACCAAGUUGAACAGGGAGUGUUGCUAUUGGGACCGGGCAUCGGGUGAAGAGACAUCUCGCAACCAUGUUCACGCCUUGAAACUUCACGCGGAAAAUCUCAUGAUCGAUAUCAAGGAACUUCAGCGCCCCAUCUUUGUCUCAGAGGCAUCAAGAGCAGCCCAUGUUCUAGGGACGCUUGUUAUGGCACAGCCAAAGAUGGCAAUCAACCAGCCACGCUAUCCCAACAUCUUAUCCGGGGGAUCGUUGGAUCCAGCUCCUGAAAAUGAUAUUGCACCAUAUCCACUCUUCUUUGGGCGCACUAGUUCGUUUGCUCGUCUAGUAAACACAGUUGGACGGGCAAGCCUUUUAUCGAAGGACCUCGGAAUCGCGACAUCUACUAUCUGGUCUCCCGCACCCUCUGAGACUCUAUGUAGCUCUAUAAUCCUCAACGUGGCAACCGGCAUGCCUCCUGACGAAGCCAACAAUCUUGCGUGGCACUAUUAUCGAUCGAUCGAAUUGAUCUAUCCUAUCCUAGGCCAGGACCUGCUUCGCCAGACGCUGGACCUCGCCUACAGUAGUCCUAGCAACAGUACAACCGGAAAAGGAAGUUUGGUUCAUGUCCGUCUCUAUUUGGUUCUCGCUAUUUCCCUGUCGUUGAUUGGCGGGAAAGACCAACGGCUACAACUAAUAGCAGAUGCGUACUUUGCCGAAGCAGUAUCUACUGGGAUCUCGGGAGACUACUUUGUCUUUCCAACAACAGAGGCUUUGCAGCUGGUGCUCUUGCUGUGCAUAUACGCAUGGAUGUGCCCCAGUGCUAUGGAUAUCUGGAGAUUGCUGGGCCACGCAUCGCGGAUGUGUCUAGAUAUCAUGGAGGUGCAUGGUUCAGAUAAGACACGUUCCUCCACUGCGAGCGAGCUUUAUCGCACGCUGUAUGCACUGGAGAACCAAGUAUGCAUCUCCCUCGGGAGGCCGCAUCAACUUCCUGAUGGGGAUGAACCGCCUGGAUGCUCUCCUGAUGCAGGUCCCAUGACCGUAGGUGAAAUACCGUCAAUGGUGUAUAAGCUCUCUCGCCUUCAGUGCCGACUCCAUCGAGACGCCAUUGGUCAUCCUUCGGGUUGCGAGAUCCCGGAUCCUACAUUAGAGUGUUCUCCAUGGUUAACAUCUUGCGUCGGCGAAGUCAAGGCCUGGCUUGAGAAUUGGAAUGCAGGAGUCGAGACGCUCUGCCAUGUGUUCCCAUCACCAUACAAAGGCGACUUGAAACCGUUGCUGAAGUAUUGGGGCGUGUCUCAGUACUUCCAAGCUGUCCUUCUAGCCAAGGUAGUAGCAGACCAACGAGAGGAAGCUCUUAUCUCGAGCGAAGACGAGCUGGGCGCUUGCAAAGAGUUGUUAUAUGCCAUUGACACUCUCUGUCAAGGUUCGACCCCAUCAAUUAGGGGUUCUCUGCCUCCCAGCACGUUGUCACAAGUCUUUCCUUGGACAUGGACCCAUUCCCAUUUGUUAUACACUGCUCUAACGCUACUGCUACAGUAUAUGCAGGACAGCCAGGUACCCGAUAACGAGACGCGGCGGCUCUUCCACACUAAUGUCGAACGGUUGGUAUCUUUGGAGCAACUGGGCAGCCCAGGCGCGACGGGUCUUGCCAGUUGUCUCAACAAGUUAAUUCCGCAAGAUCACUGA